AGACACAGUCACUAUCAGUCAACACACUUCAUCUGAACAGGGACAGCUGGCAUUUGAAAAAACAAGUCCUGAAUUGAAUUAUGAGUGACAGUGAGAACACCCUUGAAAAUAACCUAAAGAAACUGCAAUGUCACUUCACCUGGGAGCUAAACAAGGAACAGGCUGACCUCAACCUCCUGGAGAUAAAACUACGUGAAACCCUGGAAGUAGUUCAGGAGGGCUUUGAAGGCAAUCUGAAAAGACACAGUUUAAACCUGCUGGCUUAUAUUAAACACCUGAAAGGUGAAGAUAAGAGAGCACUGGAAUGCUUAGAGAAGGCAGAGAGGGAAAACGCUCAUGGCGAGAGGCUGUGUGUAGUGACGUAUGGAAACCUGGCCUGGGUCUGCCAUCACAUUGGAGAUGACAUAAGAGCAGACGGGUAUAUUCAGAAGCUGGAGGAGUUACACAAGGCCUCUGCCACAGCAUCCACCUCUGUACUGCAGGCCAGUGCCACAGCCUCAACCUCUGUCCUGCUUGUGCCCAGAGAGGUCCACAGUGAGAAGGCCUGGUCCCUCCUCAAGUUCUCAAAGCACCACUACACAAGAGCGAAGGAGUGCUUUCAGUUGGCUCUGCAGAUGGAGCCUGAAGAUAAGGAGUGGAACUCGGGUUUUGCCUUCUCUCUGUUCCGCCAGGAGGGCCUGGUGACUAGGGAGGACCAGAGGCUCUCCUAUGAGGAUUCCCUUGCUGUUAAACAGCUGAAUUAUGUCCUGGAGCUCAACCCAGACAGCGCCAUGACCAGGGUCUACCUGGGCCUGAAGUGCUACAAGAACCGGAGGAAUGCAGAGGCCUGGGGCUACAUGAGGAAGGCUCUGAGUCUGGCACCCUACGACCUCAGUGUGGUACUACAGGUGGGGAGGUUCAUGAAAAAGGAGCAGAGUUAUGAUGAAGCCCUGGCAGUGCUGCAUAGGAUGCUGCAGAGGGCGCCAAACUCUUCCCGCCUGCACCAUGAGAUAGCCAACAACUACCGCUGGAGGGCUAAACAGAGCGGAGACCCCCACGACCAAACACUGCUCAAACGCUGUGUGUUCCAUCUGGAGGAGGGGGCACGCCUCAAUCCCACACACAUCUACCCUCAGGUGGAGCUGGCUGUGAGGUACUCAGAGYUGAAGGACACCACUAAGGCCAUGGAGAAGUUCCAGGAGCUGUGGUCCCGGUCAGAUCUGAAGCCCUCCAACCGCCAGGCCUGGCACCGCAUGUAUGGUGACGUCCAUCUCUACCACCUGGGCUCUGAGAGGACCGCUGUCAACCACUACAAGGAGGGCAUGAGGCUCUAUAACAUAUCAUCUGAAUGGAGUCAGUGUAGAAGAAGGCUGCUCAAAGUGCUGAGUUUUAACAAGGAGAGGAGAGGAGAUGACCCCUAUGAUAUCAGAGAGUUUGUUGACUCGUUCAAGAGAGGGGUUUUUAAUGUGGAGGAAGCUGGGGUGUCGACACUGACACUGGGCCACCCCUAAUCCACUUCAUCAUGAGUAGCCUUCCACCGUGGCUUUACCAUCAACAGCUUGAUCAUUCAUAAUAACAAUUAGCUGAUAAUGCAUUUAAUAUACACUGAGUACACCAAACAUUAGGAACACCUUCCUAAUAUUGAAUUGCCCCCCCCCCCCUUUU